AAACCCUAGAUGGGAAAUCUACCAUUGGAAACAUAAUGAGAUCAUGGACUGGCUUCGCGAGAGAGGCAGCUACUGAUGCAAGCAUUUUUCAAAUCCAGUUUCCAGUGGACCUUGAUAUUACUAUGAAAGCCAUCAUGACAGGGGCUUGCUUUCUUUUGGAUUUCAUGUUUUUUGAACGCACUGGAAGCAGGAACAGAAGAAACAGUCGUACUGGAGUACAUGGUGCUCGUGGGAUACAUGGUGCUCAUAGGAUACAUGGUGCUCAUGGGGUACAUGGUGCUCGUAGACGCCACAGACAUUAGGCAUUAGCUCAAAUCAGGGAAUAUUGUCACACUGAAUUAACCUUGCAGGAGGAAUUUUAUUAAUAUCUAAAGUUGCUUAUUUCUAUAUUUACAGUCAUAUAACUAUUAUAUCAUUUAUGUCUUAAUACUCCAUAU